AUGCAACACGAGGUCAAACGAGUUCAUCUCAAUGAAUCGCAAAAGCAUCAGAAAUACGUCAAAGACGAACCAAAAAUCAAGCACUAUCGUGACUUGACAUCACACAUUUUCCAAUUGCGUGAUUUACAAACAUACAAUGACGAAAGUUUCAAUGCAACAACCAGCUUACUCCAAUUGAACCCAGAAUUCUACACCAUUUGGAACUAUCGUCGAGAAAUCAUUGAAAAUGCGUAUGGAUCAAACCAUGCCCAGUUGACACAGAUUUUGAAUGAUGAGUUGAAAUUCGUUAUGGCACAAUUACGCAAGUUCCCCAAAGUGUAUUGGAUUUGGAAUCAUCGGAGGUGGUGCUUGUUCAAAUUGGUCGAUUUGAAACAAGUUAAUUGGGGGUUUGAGUUCAAAACAGUGGGGAAGAUGUUGGAAUUGGAUCAACGAAAUUUCCAUGGAUGGCAAUAUCGAAGGUUUGUGGUUGAGAAUCUAGAAUUGGAGAAAUUGAAAUCGGAUCAAGGUGAUGAUGAGGUGUUGCGGUUGAAUCUUGAUGAAUUUGAUUACACAACUGCUAAAAUCCUGAUUGAUUUUCUGAAUUUUUCAGCAUGGCAUAAUCGAACUAAAUUGAUACCUAAGAUAUAUGAGCUUGCUAAACAGAAUCCGUCAUCUGCUGCUGCCAUUGACCAUCCAUCUUUGCAUCUUUUUCAAUCACCAUUGCUGAUUUUGAAUAAUGACUUGGAAUUGAUCAAAACUGGUAUUUAUAUGAGUCCCGAGGACAAUUCAGUUUGGUCUUACUUGUACUGGCUUUUAUCUGAUGAGUUUUUUGUCAAUGCAUUCAAUGCAAGUGGCGCCGACAAUGAUCAAAACGAUUAUAAACAGCUACUCCAACAACAAAUCGACUUAAUCAACGAGAUAAAUGAGUUGGAAAAGGAGGAUACAGGACAGGAAAAUGUUGGCUGCUUGAAGGCUUUGUUCAAGAUCACCGAGUUGAAAGAGCGAGAAGAUGUGAAUAAGGAUGAAAUGAGGGUGAUUCUACAGAAAUUGAUCAAACUUGAUGAGCUAAGAAAGGGUCGCCAGGAUUAUUUGGAUAUUUCAAGCGCAUUGCAACACCACUUACUUUUGAGCAAGCUUUUAGUUUCAUCAAGUCCUACAUUUUUUGAAACAAACAUAGAUGUCUUGGCCAAUCUAAUAUGGCUUUGGGACAACCAAGCUUAA